GAGUCUGGCCUGGCCCGCUGUCCAGGAGGAUAUAAAUCUCAGCUUCUUUAGCCUUGCUGCUUCAUCGCCAGACGAAGUAGCUCAACUGGCAACAUGAAGGUGGGCGGCCUCUUCCUCUUUGCAGUCCUCCUCACCCUCAGCAAAGAGCUCCAGGCGGCUGGGAUCUGUGUGGUGGAGUGCCGGGGAGACCAGGACUGUGGGGCAGGAGAACGGUGCAUCAGCAAUGGGUGUGGCCACGUCUGCUCACGAGCCGAGGAAAGCGAGGACAGCAUCUGUGAGCAUCAGUGCAGAGAAGACAAGGACUGUGGAAGGGGGAAACAGUGCAUCAGGAAGGGCUGUGGGCACAUCUGCUCCUACACUGCUAGAACAGGCCUCUGUGAGCAGCAGUGCAGGAGACACCAGGACUGUGGAGCCGGCAAACAGUGCAUCAGGAAGGGCUGUAGCCGAGUCUGCUCCCCAACCCCUGACGCAGGCUCACAGUUUUCAGCUGAAGUGUUUCUAGCCGCUGGGAUCUGUGUGGAUCAGUGCCGAGAAGACCGGGACUGCGGUCCAGGGAGUCGGUGUGUGAGCAAUGGAUGCGGCCACGUCUGCUCCCCAGUGAGAGACCAGGCUGAGUUAUUGCCAGCAGUGGCUGGCAGGUGCUGUUUCCCCUCAGAAGCUUCAGUUCCCUUCCUUUCUGGACUGAAAGGCUAGGAUUGAUUGCUGCCACUGAAAACUGUGGGCGCAUCAAGGUGGACUGGGAACUAGGGAGGCUGUAGAGUUAAGACCACGUGUAUCACCCAAGGAAAGCUUGUUCAACACCUCUGUUCUCUCUCAGGCUCAGGAACCAAACUUAGAUGUUUUGGAGGGGAUGGAGGAGAAUGUAAGGGAAUCCCACAGAUGAAGGAAGUGUCUCCCCAACGUCAAGUAGAGACUUGUCAUCCACCAGAUCUAUUUCCCUUGAUUCACAAGUGCAGUGUGCAGUCUGCAUUUCCCAUGCCCUAAAUGGAUAGGGUAAGCUGUUUGAGGGGUGGACUUACAGCACAGAUUCUCCAGUAUCAACAUGUAUAAGAAUGACCUGGGGGUAUAAGACUUGUUAAAAUCCAAUUGCUGGGACCCAGCCCCAGAAGUCCUGUUUCAGCAGGUGUGUGGUGGGGCCCAAGAUCCUGAAUUUCUAACAAGCUCCCAGGGAAUGAUCC